AGAAAUUCCAAGUAGGCACAAGUAGCCCUGCUCCCUGCUGCACAACAACUAAGCAAUUCCUCCAGGCAAUUCGUGGAUGUGAUUAAAAAAAAAAGAUGAGUGAAGAAAACAAAUCUGAUGUAUUGUCUGUGUCAGAGCAGCAGCCAAAAGCAGAGGGAAAGAAACUGCAGUUUAACUUAAUACACAAUUACCCGCAGAAGAACGCGGAGCUACUGAGCAGUCAGUAUGGCUUCAAUAUAUUUUUGGCUGGACUCCUGCUGAUGUUCGCUUGGGCGAUCCAUGCCGUGGGAAUUACAGACAGAGACCUGUUGUCUUAUCUCAUUACCUUGAUGUUGAUUCAAAUGAUCUGGAUGUUGUGGUACAUUUUUCGAAGUCAGUCUCUUCAACGGUCCAUCAUAGAGAAAGACACAGAUGCCGGCGCAAGGUGGCUCAGAUGUGGCAUCACACUGUUUGCUGUUAUCACCCUUAUAUUGGAUUCUUUCAAAAUUGGAUAUUAUAUUGGCUAUUCAGAGUGUCUCUCCAUAACCGAAGGAAUCUUUCCAGUUACUCAUACGAUACACACCCUUCUACAGGUUUACUUCUUGUGGUUUCAUGCCAAGGACAUCAUUCAGUCAUUUAAAACACUUGAAAGGUUUGGUUUGAUCCAUGCUGUGUUUACAAAUCUCCUCCUCUGGUCAAACGGAAUUCUAACGGAAUCAAAGCACGAGCUAAAUGAACACAAGGAGAGGCUGAUCACCCUUGGAUUUUCCAACAUCACAAUAGACCACCAUACUCCUGAAUGCAACUGCACCUCCAGUGUAUGUUCCAUAUUUUCACAAGGAAUUUACUACCUCUAUCCAUUUACAAUAGAGUACCAUAUUCUGGCCUCCACCAUGCUAUAUGUCUUGUGGAAGAAUAUCGGGCGUACAGUGAAGCACCAUCAACAGCAGAAAAUCCAUUUUAAAUUCCAUGGCAUAACCAUUGGUACAAUUUUGGGUCUGAUUGUUCUAACCACAACAGUUGCAGUUCUGGUGGUAUACCUCAUCCAAAUUGGACGUUCAAAGAGGAAGAGUGAGCUAGCGCUUAAUAUGUUUUACCUUUAUGCUAUUACAGUGUUAACUCUUAUGUGCACGUCGGCUAUCAUUGGCCUUAUUAUAUACCGACUGGAAAAUAAGUCACUGGAUGACAGCGAGAGUCCUGCUAAGAAACUGGACUCGGAUCUUUUAGUUGGCUCUGCAUGUGGCUCUUGGCUUAUAUCUUGGGGAUCCAUAUUAGCCAUCAUCUGUGCAGAGACCCAUCCAGAAUACACGUGGUAUAAUUUGCCCUACUCCAUACUGGUCAUAAUAGAAAAAUACAUUCAGAAUUUAUUCAUAAUCGAAUGCAUACAUCGCAAAGAGGAAGAACCAACAGAUGACAGAUCUAUUGAAAGAAUCUUUACUGUAUCCACACGAAGCACUCUUUCCCUUGCCUCCUCUUCGUAUGACGUUUUCAGCGACUCUGUGACCAUCUGCAACAAAGAGUUUCCUUAUAUUUCCAAUUCAGACGUGCCCAUUGCUGAAGACCGCGCAGAGGAACAGAGGAAUCAAGACAAUAAUAACUCCAUUAGACUAACGCCAUGUAAGGUUUCAAUUCACACCACCAGACAGGAAAAACUCAACAAAAAGAGAAGAGUCUUGAAAAACAUUGCAGCAUUUUUGUUCCUCUGCAAUAUUUCACUCUGGAUCCCUCCAGCCUUUGGAUGCCGGCCUCAGUAUGACAAUGGAUUGGAGGAAAUUGUUUUUGGUUUCGAACCCUGGAUUACCGUUGUCAAUCUUGCCAUGCCUUUCUCCAUCUUCUACCGCAUGCAUUCUGCAUCUUCCCUGUUUGAGGUUUAUUGCAAAGCCUAAUACCAACAAUAAAUGAAGAGAGAGGAAAAAAAGGAUUUUUGGACCUUAUUGAUGGUUACUUGUUAAUAAUAUUAAUGUGGUGUAACAUUUACCUGCAGACGCUUAAUGGUGUGUUGAAAGGUGCUUUCCGAUACCUGGGUUUUUGCUGCCUGAAUGCAGUCAUUAGUAGGCCUCACAUGUUCCCAAUCACAAUGUAUGUUAUGUUUCUAAAUUACAUUCCAGAUAAUACUUUAAUAAUGAAGACAAUUCCACCAUAUCGUAUGUCAUUAUAUUGGCUAGUGUACAGUGCGCCCCCAUAUUAUUUUUAAUGAUAUGCAUAUUAUAAUAAAUUCAUUUUAAUCUUUUUACAAUGACAGCCAUUGACAUAUAAUAGUUAUUGUGUAUAACAGCCCGCUUUCAAUCAGAUCCAGCAGAUCAGUCUCUGUUCAGUUAUCUGUACGGUGUCCUGCAGGCAUGGCAUUAUGGGAAACCAGUAGAUUUUUGGUCAACAGCCACUAGAGGGCAUAUAUUGAACAUCCGGGAUUUAUUUUUUUUCUACACCUGGGGCAGUGGUCACCUGUUAAAAUAAGUGAUGCCACAAUUGAACACAAUGGAAGCUAAUAGAUGCUACUUUCAACAAAUAUUUAUUGUUUGCUAUUUGUAUUUAUUAAUCUGCUAGUGAAUUGUAAAUGCAUUUUCUCUGCAUAAAAGAGAUUGUAAUCGUAUCUUUCUUUCAUUAUUGUCCACUUGGAAUCUUCAGAUGGAAUAUUUAAGACAAAGGUGAAAGGACAAGCAAAGUGUUAUUCCUUAGGAGGGAUUAUUUUGUGUCCGGCUUUCUCCAUCUGCUGCCAAACAUUAUAAUGUGUGUGUGCCACUUAUCUAAUCUAAGGGAGUUGUAGUAAUGGGGCAAACAUUUUCCACUCU